AUGGAUUCCUCCCCUCCAUGCCGCCGAUUAUAUCGGGAUGUGGGUAGCUCCCCGGUCAUGGUUGCGGGGGAGGCUCAGCACUUUGGGGCUUUGACAGAAGCUGAAUGGCAAACCAUCGGGGUGCACCAAGACGUCAAUGUACCAGUACUCAUCUGCCAGGCAUUUUCGCGGUUCGCCUAG